CAUGAUGACAAAUUUUGAGAAACUGUUCUAUAAUAUUUGGAAAUAUAUAUGAAUUAUAAUAAACAUAAUAUUUCUGCGGAAAAUUUAGGUUUAGUACUUAAAAAAUAAUUUUUGAUUCAUAAAUUUAAAAUUUGCACCAAAACGCGUCAAAGUGUCAUGGCGUCGCUUGCUUACGUCACUUUAGAGUACAAGGAACAUUCGGUAUAUGUAAACAUUAUCUAAUUCAUAUUUAAUUUGGACAUUUUACUAGUUUUUACAUUAAAAACAUGACUUCGAAAGCAUAUCGGUGGUGUUCCGUCCCUCUGUGUACUAAUACGUCCAUAAAAACUCCUGAGAAGUUAUUUAUUUUCGUUCCUUUCGAUAAGAAAUUAAGAAAGAAGUGGCUUGAACUUGCAAGACGUGAUUUGGAAGGAAUAUUACCCACUACACAGCUUUAUUUUUGUGAAGAUCACUUUGACUUACCAAAUUAUAUGGCAAACUACAUGGAGUAUGUGAUGGGGUCAGUGUCGCAGAUUCGCAUGAAACCUGGGUGCGUUCCCUCAAAAUUUGAAUGCCAACCUGACAGAAGAAAACGAACUUCCGACUCAAACGAAAGGAAAUAUAGUGCGAAAAAGCAAAGAAGAGAAGUCGUUGCAGAAGCUGAGCAAGAAUUACAAAAUAAAACAACUACAACUUGUUCUGUUGCAACAGAACAGCUAGAACUUGAAGACCCAACCCCCGGAACAUCAGCCAUGCAGGAAAGUACUACAAAAGAUGCACCUAAGAUGGUAAAUAAAUCCAUUCAAGUGUAUAUAACAAAUAAGUUCAGAAGUAAAGCUGUUCAAACAGAAAUAAAAUCAGUAGAUCAGAUGACUUCACCAUCGAAACCCUUUUGUCGUUCUGCUUUUACUUCACCAUUUAAAAUCACAAGUACCAAGCCAUCCAUAUCCACCAUACAAAAAUGUUCCAAGAAAAUAGGAUUUCAGGCAGAUUCUGACAGUGAUAUUUCACACACACCAUCUGUAGCACAUAGUGAAUCACCAUCAGUGACAUCUUUAAAAAUUAAAUGGUCUUCAGACUGCAGUGAAUUAAUUGAAGACGAUAAGAAACAAGAGGCAUCAAGAAUCUUGGCAUAUACAUUGCAGAAAAUAAAAAAGAACCCACGGUCUUACAUUGGAGUUCCUAACAGUUGUUACUACCUUAUAGAUUUAAUUGAAAAAAAGUUAAAUAUUCCCACACACCAUAUAAUAAUGUGCUUCAAAAGCAGUGAACCAGGCUCUCUCCUGGUCAGAAUACAAAAAAGCUAAUACAAUAAAGUAUCUUGUGUCUUGUACUCCUAAUGGACUAAUCAAUUACAUUUCUCCAGGAUAUGGAGGAAGAAUUACUGACACAUUGUCGGUCGAAUCUUGUGAUUUUAUAAAGUGUUUGCAACCAGGUAUGUGUGUGAUGGCUGA